UACGCAGAUCACUGCUGAUCACGGUUUACUCACGGACACAUGCUCGCACAGAAGAAACAGAAGCCAUAUAGCGACAUAGCACCUUUUUUUUUUAAAUAAAAAAGAAAUUUCACAAAUACAAGAAGCCGAGGAUCUGGUGUCAGGCCGUCAUCAUGAGUAUUAAACAAGCUUGCAUCUUUCUCAGGGGAGGAACGAGGAGACAAACCAGAGCUCUUACAAACGAUGAGAUUGACGAGUUACGUGAAGCUUUUGUAGAGUUUGAUAAAGACAAGGAUGGUUUCAUAUCCUGUAAGGACUUGGGGAACCUGAUGAGGACCAUGGGUUACAUGCCGACUGAGAUGGAGCUCAUAGAACUGAGUCAGAACAUCAACAUGAAUUUGGGGGGACGGGUGGACUUUGAUGAUUUCGUGCAACUGAUGACGCCCAAGCUCCUGGCUGAAACUGCGGGGAUGAUCGGCUUGAAGGAACUCAAAGAAGCAUUUCGAGAGUUUGAUAUAGAUGGUGACGGCGCGAUCACGUCUGACGAGCUGAGACAUGCCAUGAUCAAGUUACUAGGAGAACAAACCAGCAAAAAUGAAAUUGAAGCGGUGGUCAAAGAAGCUGACAACAACGGAGACGGAACAGUUGACUUUGAAGAGUUUGUGAAAAUGAUGUCGCAGAAAUGAAGAGAGCAGAAUGAAUGGAUGACUUUGAAUGAAGAGGAUGCAUUUGUAUCUGAUUCUACGCUGAUGAUAGCCUACUUGUUAUGAAUAGUUUUACAUUAUUUUUCCUGUUAUUUAAGUAGUUUUGUUCUUUUUGUUAAAACUGAUGGAUGUAAAAUUGUUAAAAAUUUGAAUGGUAGCUCUAGACAGCCACGCCCUUAAAGGGUAACUUUGGUAUUUCUCAACCUGGAUCCUAUCCAUAAGGCAGAGGGCUGUGGCUGCAGUAUGGGGCAAGCUGGCACCGUCAAUUACGUCCACUAAAAGAGUUUGUUUUUGCCACUGACAGGCUCAGAUUGUUAUUAUCUUGUUCUUGAUCUACAACUUGUUUAGG